AUGGAGCUGGCCGUCAGGGAGCGGCUCUUGGCGGCCGAGAGAUGCCGAGAUGUUCAGGCUUUGAAGAAUGCUUAUGAGUUAAUCAAAUCAGCCAGUCAAGGAGAAUUUGAAGUUGACUCAUCUGAUAACUUCAGCACUGACUUAUAUGUUUUAUGUGCUGAACAAGCAUUUCAGCUGGGGUGUCUGGAAAUGAGCAGAGACUGUCUAGAGAUGUAUUUUAAAGGAAGAUUUCCUGUGAACCAGUUUCUUGGCAGAGCAUAUUUAUGCCAAGGCCAGUUGCACACUCCACUGUCUACAGAUAAUUUGGAAGCCUUUGAAAAGUUUGUGCAGCUUUUUAUGAAGGCAAUAGAUUUUGCCAUCCAUGAUCAAAGAUACUAUUUUUUGAUAUAUAAUGCCUCAGUUCUCUAUUGGAAACUUGUAAAGCCAUAUCUGAAGCCUGGAUUCCGCUAUUGCCUUAUUCCCAGCCUUUCUCAUAUUGUUAAAGUGUUAAACCAAACUGAAGAGCAAGACCAUGAAUGGAGAGCAGAACUCAUGAUAAAUUUACUCGAGUGCUUCCUCGAUGCUUCAAAACUGGAAGAGGCAAAAGAGUUUUCCUCUGCUGCAGCAGUCUUUAUCAAGGAGAAUGUUCCAGAUAAAUACUCUCAAAUAUUUGCUCUAAUGGUAUAUCACAAGCUAAUGGAUAUUUCCCAGGUAGAGAAGGAAAUACAAAAUUCCAUCUAUUUUUCAAUUAUUUAUAAAAUGCAAGUGUUCAAAUUGCAGUGGGACACAAAUGAAUUUCCAAGGGAUGCCACCGCAAAUCUGAAUUCUUUAUAUGUACUUUUGAAACAAUAUGAUGUACCUCCAGCAUCUGUUCUAAGUGUGAAGAUUCCUUUGAUUCUGGAAUUAGGCCGAUUUUCUUUGAAAGCAAACUACAUUGAGCUUGCAUAUGAUUGUAUACUUGAUUUGAAGAGAGCUGGGAUUACUGAGCAACGGAAACUUAUUGAAAUAGAAUGCCUGGAAUGUGAAUAUGAAGCAAAAAAACUUGGCACUAAAAUUGUGACUUAUACCCAAGGAGUUGUUGAGGCUCAACUGGAAUUGAUAAAAAAUCUUGAGUUAACUUUAAGACGUGCAGUUCGAUUGGGUGAUCCUGCUGUGAUCCAGGUUGUUUGUACAACCCAGUGGAACCUGUGCUUACCACUACUACAGCACAAUUUACAUCAAUGUGUACGAAAGCCAUUGAUAUCAGUUGCUGAUGUCCUUGAAGAGAUUGACAGUGUGUUGGUUUUGUUGCGUUGCCAAGUUCAUAUGGAAGUAUCUCGUAUUGAAGAAGAUGGGGAUAGAAUAGAGGCUGCUGUGGAACAUUUACAAAAAGCUAUACAUCUAAACAGCAGUGGGCAAUAUCAAGAACAUCUAAGAUUGGCUUUUAACCGUCUUCGUGUGUGCAGUAUGCUGUGUAAGUCACCUGAGCGGCUAGAGGAUCGGGCAGUAAUGAUGAUUGAACUGGUUAAAAGGGGGAAGCAGAAAGAUAAUGCAAGGCAAAAGAGAUACCUGCUGAUAAAUGCAGGUCUUGCACUGGCUCCUGAUUCAUUUCAGAUAGUGCUUGACAGUGAAAAUGAAGCUAAAGUUCCCUCAGGUGAAAGCAGUAGUCAAAUAAGCUACCUCUGUGCUAAAGCACAACAUCAUAUUAAAAGUGUGAAGAAAGUUGAUGAACAUUUGAAACACCUGAGAAAUGGAAAUGACAGAGAGAGAAUUAGACUUUGGGCAGAUUUGGCAAAAGUUGCACGUAAGCAAGAAGUGUGGGAUGUCUGCCGUGCAGCAUGCAGAUUCUGCCUCUGGUAUGAUGAUACUUUGUUUAGGAAGGUAGCAAAGCCUAAAAAAACACAGAAGAAGAAAGCUACUACAGCUGUGAUGGAUGAUAGUCAAGGUGACAGUUUACCAGUAGAAUCAUUACUAAGUACUAAAUCCUUCUCUUUUGAAAGAGAUUUACUCAGAAUAUUAGCAGAAAUAAGAUUCAUUAAUGCAGAGGCAACUGUUCAUUUAUUAAGAUCGCAGGGAAUUGAACUGAAUGAUCAUGCUGUACCUCCAGAAGAUGCAAAUCAGUGUCAUCCAGGAUAUGUUUCAUAUCUGUCUGAAAGUGAUCUAGAAUGGAAAACAUACAGUUUAUGGAUAGACCGCUUAUCUCAGUAUGCUAUGGAAAACUUCCAACGUGCAGCCGAAAUAGGAGAAGAAUUGAAUGAAGCCUGGAUUGUUCACAAUGCUGUGGUAUAUACCUUAAACUACAAUAGACAUCUUAUCUCCUCAGGAAGACAGAGGGAAAUCACCGAGUACCUGCACACUCUUCUUGGAGCCAUCAAGACUGUUGGGCACAAUGGAAGUGCUGAGAUUUUAUCGAUGUUAUGUAAUGCUUUGGCUCGAGGAUUAAUUCUUUGUUGGAUUCCAAAUCCAAAACUCUCUGAGAUGAUAAAAAAAGAUAAAGCAGACAAAAGCAGAAGAGCUUCAGUAAAGAAACAUGAAAAAGCAAAUACCAUCCAGUCUUCUUUAGUAGAUCCCAGUGGACUUACUGAUAUCAAAGCUGCCUUAGAGAUCUGUGAAUUUGCCCUAAAUGUGAUAACUGGAAUCGCACCUAAUGAAACGGUACCUAUUGCGGCACAACAGCAGGUCAUUGCUACAUGGGUGAAAGCCAAACAGUUAAAUCAGGAACAGAUCGGACAUAAACUUGGGCCAGAGGAGGAGAAUAAUGAUGAAGCACAAAAUCCUAUGACAAGAAUUCUUGUUGGCCUAGAAAUGUAUUCAUGUAAUGGCUUGGGUCUCAUGGAUUUCACUGUUCCCAGCUUACCUCAGUUAGUGAAAUUGGCUUUGGAAUGCAGUUGGUCAGAUUCCUUGGUGGAACUGCAGACACUGGCACGAUUUACGUAUUUUGCAUAUGUAUCACAUGACUAUGAAACAGUGAUGACUUGUUCCAAAAGGAUCUUGCAGUCAGAUGAGAACUUUUUCUGUGAUGGAGAUGCUAAGAAAUGUGAAAUGCCUGGUAACAGAGUGAGGCAAGAAAUGUUGAGCAUUACUGCCUGUAUACAAGGGAAGAGUAUAAUGGAAAAUUUGCCUGGAAGAAAACAUUUGCAUGUAGCAGCAUCAAAAGCCUUUGUCCAGAGUGCCAGGUAUGCAGGUGAAGCCGGGAAUUAUUCCCUUGUAAUGUUUGCAGCUAGACACUUCUGGAAUGCAUGUUUACGUUUGCUACGUUCUCCACGUUACAGAAAGCAGCUUAAAGAACCUACUGAAAUAAUUCUGGAGAGUAUAAUUAAAGCAGAAUCUAAAAAUAAACAGGAGAAGAAGGAAAUAUUGCCUUUGCACCAGUGGAGUACAAAGGAUUUUCAAAAUAUUGGGUUGUCAGCUGGAUGCUUUCUCCCAGGAGCUGAGGAAGACCUGACAUUAAGAGCCUCCCUAUAUGGGUUGUUAUUCCACAUACAUGCUGAUAAAGCUGAUUGGGAGACAGCAUUAAAAGUCCUGAGUGAAGCUGUUCAAGUUUUGCCUCAGACAAGACACAGGCUCCUGCUUUUUAAACACAUGGUUGCAGUGAAGGCACGAUUGGGAUGUGAUUUUAUGAUGGAUAUUCAGAAAUUCAGAGACAAAAGUGAAGAUUACUUGUCACGUAUGUGGCAUCACUUGGCAACAGCUUCCAGAAAUACUGUUGGACAGUUAAGCUGUUUUCAAAAUGGAGUCACUGUUUUACAGAAACAAGAAAAUGAAUGGCAGAAAGUUGAUUAUCUGAUUGAGUUUGCUGAAUGGUUAUACCAUAACCAGUUUCCCCGUGAUGAUGUUAUUAAACCUCUUGACUGGGUUGUAGAUCUUUUGCUACAUAUGAAAUUUCCUACGCAGUCCUCACAAGAAGAAGAAAAAGAUAAUAUACCAAAAUUUUCUCCUACAGAAAAUUUGAAGACAGAUGUUGGAGCAAAUGAUACCAUGCCCCAAAUUAAUUUGGAAGAUCUGAGUGAUAUUAAACAGUUGGAAGCUUUGUUUAGAGCACAGACAUUAAUAGCUUUAAUUUCUGGUCAUAGUUCUCCUUUUCAUCAGCAGCACUGUUUGAUGGCAUAUGCUUGUAUCAUCCGUAUCUGGCAGGUAUCAUUGUCAGCAUCAGGUCCUAUUACAAAAGUACUAUCAAAGUCUUCCCCACUUACAGCUCCUCAGAAGGUACAGUCAGUAAUUGCUCCUAAAAGAGAGAAGGAAAAAAAGAAACAUGUAAGAACCCUUUCCUGGAAAGGGUCAGUUCAUACCUUACCAGCAAAUGUAGAAGAAUGGGCUUAUUAUGACUGUCCCAGUGAAAUCAGAGAUACUUUUAAACAGAAAACAAAUAGUUACGGUAUUAACUGGGAUAAUUUCCCAAAACCUACUUGCACUUUGUAUUUUAUGGACCUUUUAUCUGAAGAACUACAGAAAAUUUUUUGUCCCCACUUCAUUCUUCCCAUCUUGCAGCUAGCGGAAGUUAUUGCUAAUGAAGUUGUGGAAUGCCGAAGUCUGUCUGAUCUCUAUCACCUUCGAAUAGCUUUGAUCUGUUCAGACCUAAAACUGAAUCAGGCAUCUUUGUAUCAUGAGAAAGCAGCUGGAGAAACCUACAUUAGUGAAUUAGAACAGGCAAUGUGUAGGCAAGAAAUUGCACUGAAAAAAGAAAAAAAUUUAAAUACUAUGACAGAAGAAAAAGAAACAUUUUUUGAAAAUGCUCAGCAGAAUGGUAGCAGGGAUAAGAAUAUCCUUACUUCAAACAAAAAGGUUUUUGAGUUAAAUAAAGCAACAGGGAAAGGACUGAGUGCACUUUCUUUCCCUUCUUUGUGGAUAGAAAAAGCUGAAGUAUUAAUCCAACUAGGCUUGUAUCAACCAGCAAGACUUCUGCUUUCAGAGGCCCAUGCUGCAGCACAGGAAUUGAGAGCCCUAUAUGAUGUGUCAAGGUGCUUGUACUUACUUGCUGUAUUGGCUAACCUGGAAAAAAAACACAGACAAGCUAAAGCACUCCUGGAGAAAGCACAGCUUCUAGGAGGAGAUGAACAGUUUUGGUACAACAGUACUCUUAGUCUAAUAGAAGCAAUUCUAGAAGAAGAUAAGGAAGGAAAACAAAGCAUGGCUUGUGAGAUACUGGAACACACUGUAAAUGUACUCAGAUCUACUUUACUGAAGAGACCUAACAGACAAUCAGAGUUGGGUUUUAUAAUUACAUCCCUUGAAGCCAGGAAAACACUUAUUGAGAUACAUUAUGCCCAAGAUUGUAUGACAAUUAAUGGUAAGUCUUGUCAGUUGCCACAUACGCUGCAGGAAUCUUACAAGAAAUUAGUUCAAAUUGCGAAGGACUUUAGUCAUUAUGGGCAUAAAGUCUGCAGUGCUGAGAUACUGCUACAGUGUGCAAAUAUUCACAGGGUGAUUGCCAAGGAGGAAAGAAAUGAACUAAAAAUACAUAGUCACUAUCUAGAUGCUUACAACUUAGCUCAGAGGGCAGUAUCCAGAACUGAGGAGGUGUUUCAGCAUGUUUGGUGCUUAUUUGCAGUUCAUGAGACUACCAGUAUUAGUAUCCCAUUAAUGAGGCAACUAGCCAACAGGAAAAUAAAUCUUGUAGAGAUUCUUCUGGAUAUUUUUCAUCUUGUUAUUGCUAAGAAAAGGCUUAAAAAAGUGGAAGAAGCAUCACCUCAUGAAAUAGUGGAGGCAUUCAUCAGGGGAACUAGUGAAGAUGAUCCAAUAGAACAGGACUGGAAGCGUAUGGAAGGCGCUGUGGGCCAUAUUGCACUGGCUCAGCUAGCAAAUGUGCAGAAUCUUUGUAAAGGCUGUCCUGACAUCAAAUCCAAAUGCCUUUAUCUCAUUGGAAAAACUCUUCAUUUACUUGCCAUUAGCAUAGAUCCUGUGCAUUCAGAGAUUUACUGGAAGCCAAAUGUUAUGGAAGAAGCUAAAUCAGACAUGGCAAAAACUUCCCUGACUUCAGUAGAGUGCAGUGAAAAGGAAGUGACUGACAGCACUUUACCAACUGAUCAAUGCCAAUAUGACAAGUAUAGGAAGAAAAUGCAAGAGUUAAAGAAGGAACAUAGGUUGGCUCAGAAAUAUCUUUCUCAAUCCAGUGAAGCUUUGCUACAGUGCAUGGGUAUUGCAUUCAAUCAUGAUAUUACUGAUAUAUUGGCUACUGCUAGUUUUGAAAUGGUUGAAUGCUUUCAGCAAUUUGAUCCAGUUUCAACAAGCCAAUUUUUGGCACUUCAUCAGAGCUGUUCAGCAUCUAUGACAAUGAAGAAUAUCCUUCUAACUGCUACAUCUAACACCAGCAGCUCUCAGCUGGCAGCAUUAUUACACCUUCAGAAUCAUUUAAAACAAAACAGAAACAUGAGUGAUCUUCUAAAACGUGUGGAACAGCAACUGACUGCUGCUUCAGUGGCAUGGAGAAAUCUCUGUAUUCCUGUCGAACAUUUUAAUAUAAUGGAAAAAUUGACAUCUAAUUUCUACAUAAUUAUUCUCCAGCAUUCAGAAGACAGAUCACAUUUGUACAGCUCAUUGAUUGAAGUGGCAAAAGUAAGUACUGCACAGCAAAGAGGAAAACCCACUCAGCCAAUGAUGCAAGCUAAAGUUUAUCGAUUUCCUGUGAAUCCUGAUGCAUUUUGCAUUUUGUUGGAGAAAGUGCGUCUUUACAAGCAGCGAAGGGAGAAGACUUACAUUAAACAGACUUUCAUUCAAAACUUGCAAAGCUGUGUCUCCAAAACGGAUGUGAUUCCAACAGAGAAAAUACCUGAUAAUGGAUGUGGUUUGAUAUCAGAUUUCUCUGAAAUAUUAGAAAUGAUGGAAGAAUAUCUGAAACCAGUGCUGUCACAUGUUGAUUUUUGUGAUGUCAGAGAACAGAGCACACCAGUUUCAGCAGCUGAAUCAAGAAAAAUGAAAGUGAAAGAUCAAAACACCAAACACUUCACAGCACGGGGUACACUUGUGGAUUUAGGAUUAUGCGUGGUAUUACUAGGCGAUACAUUAUUUAUGGAAUUGCCUUUGGAAGCUCUGAGUAUCUUUAAAGAGGAAGGAGUGAGUUCCGUAUCCAGAGAUUUUUCUCUCCAGAUUCUGUACAAUCGAGUACAUCUGGCUAAAUCAGAGUCUGAAGUCAAAACAGAUGUUGGAAUAUCCAAAGAAACAAAACCAAAAGCUCAUCAGAAAAAGAAUGUCAAAAAGGCUCCAGUUAAUCAUGAUUUACCCUCUAAUUGCUUGCCUGUUGAUGCUAAUAAUUUUAAAUAUGUUGUGGACCCCUACAAUGAAGGAAGCGAAGCAGAAGCUUUAAGUCCUUCCCUAAAAAUAAAGGAAAUCCUGGAAAAAUACCAUGACCUAUUUACACAGCAGUGGGAAGGAGUUAUUGGCAGCAUACACAUUCCAAGCCAAGCCGAAUGGGAGCAGCUGCUGACAAACUGCAGUGCAUUUCUGUUCUAUGGAAUGGAGAGAUUCAUGUCUCACAUUUUACUCAACAGACUGGUUGCUAUGAAUAUCCCAAAAUGCCAUUUGAUGAUACUUCUAGACCUGGUGCGAUCCAAGCAAAGUCAUCAAAGAAUUACAAACUCUGACAUCCACAAAAGUUGUCUACAUAUUGCUAUAGAGAGACCAACAGAGUCAGCCAUGCUUCUAAGCCUUACUGGUGUUCGUUCUAUAAUAGCCAACCAGUGGCACACUACCUUGCAAGAGAAUGCGGAAAGGCUAGAGAUACUGUCUGAGAAUUUGUUGAGCAUUGCUAGAACAACUGGGCAGACAGUCCAUAGCCUUCAAAAGAGGAAGAUUAACAGAGAAAGAGAUUCCAUUGAAAUGGAAAUGGAUUCUCACAGCUCUCCUAGAGACAAAGCAGAAGAACAGACCACUUCCUCAAGUCUUCCUGCAACUCAUCCAUCCUUUUUCAAUUGUGUGCUGUAUGGUUUACCCAAUAUAAUUAUUAUGUAAUUUGUGUCAGACUUUUCUUACCGGGAAUGCCACUGCACUGUGCUCAAGGCAAACUUGGCAUUUAAAGAUGUAGCAGAUGCUUUUUUCUAUAUGGUCUGAGAGGUGAGCUUAAAAAAAAUGUACAUUUUGCUGAUAGACUUUCAGUUUCAGAUGUAAACAGUUUGAUAUUAGAAAAAGUGUCAGAAAAUAUAAAAUACAUAGAUUUUAGAGAUUUCACUUAGUACUCUGAACUCAAUGAAUUCCUAGGAGAAUUUGGUGAGUACCAACACAUUUUAAAGGAAAUUAGUCAUGUAUUUUUGGGCAUUGAUGCAUGAGUGGAACUGGAAUGUAUUGUUGUCAGUACUUUCAUUUGGAAAAACUUUUCCUUGAUGAAUUUUGUUCUUAUAUUGAGGAUUUAGCAGGAGCAUAGCUUAAAAAUGUGCCAACAUCAUUUUACUUGAUUUCUAACUUCUUACAUAGCAAUAAAAUUGUGAUGUCUGUUUCCUGUGAUACACUGUUUUUGUGUGCCUGAUAGAUCAUUAAAAUGGCACUGAAAAGAUACUGUUCUUGGCUACCUGCUGUGCUGUAGU